CCGCAGACCUGUUUUUUAAAGGUCGGAACUGGCCCCGAGGUGCUGGUGGCCCUGGGUGGUCCCGGGAAUCAGGCGGGACCCGGCUCCCCUCGCCUAAGCUGCUGGGGUGGGGCGGGGGGCGCCAUGGGCUGCUACCGCAUCCGCGUGGCCACCGGGGCCUGGCUCUUUUCCGGGUCGCACAACCGCGUGCAGCUGUGGCUGAUCGGGGCGCGCGGGGAGGCAGAACUGGAGCUGCAGCUGCGGCCGGUGCGGGGUGAGGAAGAGGAAUUUGAUCGUGACAUUGCAGAGGACUUGGGGCUCCUGCAGUUCGUGAAGUUGCGCAAACACCACCGGCUAGUGGACGACGCAUGGUUCUGUGACCGCAUCACAGUGCAGGGCCCUGGGGCCUGCGCGGAGGCGACCUUCCCCUGCUACUGCUGGGUGCAAGGCGAGGACACCCUGAGCCUGCCCGAGGGCACUGCCCGCCUGCCAGGAGACAAUGCCUUGGACGUGUUCCAGAAGCAUCGAGAGAAGGAACUGAAAGACAGACAGCAGAUCUAUUGCUGGGCCACCUGGAAGGAAGGGUUACCCCUGACCAUAGCUGCAGACUCUAAGGAUGAUCUACCUCCAAAUAUGAGAUUCCAUGAGGAGAAGAGGCUGGACUUUGAAUGGACACUGAAGGCAGGGGCUCUGGAGAUGGUACUUAAACGUGUUUACACAUUCCUGAGCUCCUGGAACUGCCUAGAAGACUUUGAUCAGAUCUUCUGGGGCCAGAAGAGUACCCUGGCUGAGAAGGUUCACCAGUGCUGGCAGGACGAUGAGCUGUUCGGCUACCAGUUCCUCAAUGGUGCCAACCCCAUGCUGUUGAGACGCUCGACCUCUCUGCCCUCGAGGCUAGUGCUGCCCUCUGGGAUGGAAGAGCUUCGGACUCAGUUGGAGAGAGAACUUCAGAAUGGUUCCCUGUUUGAAGCUGACUUCAUCCUACUGGAUGGAAUUCCAACCAACGUGAUCCAAGGAGAGAAGCAGUACCUGGCUGCCCCCCUUGUCAUGCUGAAGAUGGAACCCAGUGGGAAGCUGCUACCCAUGGUCAUCCAGAUUCAGCCUCCCAACCCCAGCUCCCCAACCCCAACACUGUUCCUGCCCUCAGACCCCCCACUUGCCUGGCUCCUGGCAAAGUCCUGGGUCCGAAAUUCAGAUUUCCAACUGCAUCAGCUCCAGUAUCACUUGCUGAACACUCAUCUGGUAGCUGAGGUCAUCGCUGUCGCCACCAUGCGGUGCCUCCCAGGACUGCACCCCAUCUUCAAGCUCCUGAUCCCCCAUAUCCGCUACACCAUGGAAAUCAACACCCGGGCCCGGACCCAACUCAUCUCAGAUGGAGGAAUAUUUGAUAAGGCAGUGAGCACAGGUGGAGGGGGCCACGUGCAGUUGCUCCGUUGCGCGACAGCUCAGCUGACCUACUGCUCACUCUGUCCUCCUGAUGACCUGGCUGACCGGGGCCUACUGGGACUCCCAAGUGCUCUCUAUGCCCACGACGCUUUACGGCUCUGGGAGAUCAUUGCCAGGUAUGUGAAGGGGAUCGUCCACCUCUUCUACCAAAGAGAUGACGUGGUGAGUGGGGACCCUGAGCUGCAGGCCUGGUGUCGCGAGAUCACAGAGGUGGGGCUGUGCCAGGCCCAGGACCGAGGUUUCCCUGUCUCCUUCCAGUCCCAGGGUCAACUCUGCCAUUUCCUCACCAUGUGCAUCUUCACGUGCACUGCCCAGCAUGCAGCCAUCAACCAGGGCCAGCUGGACUGGUAUGCCUGGGUUCCUAAUGCCCCAUGCACAAUGCGGAUGCCCCCACCUACCACCAAGGAAGACGUGACAAUGGCCACAGUGAUGGGGUCACUACCUGAUGUCCGGCAGGCCUGUCUUCAAAUGACCAUCACAUGGCAUCUGGGUCGCCGCCAGCCAGACAUGGUGGCUCUGGGGCAUCACAAAGAAAAAUAUUUCUCAGGCCCCAAGCCCAAAGCUGUGCUAAACCAAUUCCAAACAGAUUUGGAAAACCUGGAAAAGGAGAUUACAGCCCGGAAUGAGCAACUUGACCUGCCCUAUGAAUAUCUGAAGCCCAGCUGCAUAGAGAACAGUGUCACUAUCUGAGCCCUAAAGUGACCCCACCUGCAAGACUUCACAUCAGCUUUAAGACUGACAUUUCUCUCUUGAAUUUCAUACUUUCUCCUGAAGUCUCUGGUGCUAAGGCUCUAUUUCCUCCCCCAGGUAAACUCCCUACAUUAGUAUCCCACUAACCCAGGGGAGCAGUAAACUUUCUCUGCAAAGGCUAGAUCAUAUUCUAGCCACAUAGUCAGUUAAAGACUCAGCUCUCCUGCUGCAGCAUGAAGGCAGCCACAGGCAAUAUGGAAAUGAGCAUGACUAUGUUCCAAUAAAACUUUAUUUAUGGACACUGAGAUAUGAAUUUCACAUCACAAAAUAGUCUUCUUUUGGUUUAUUCAACCAUUUAAAAUGCAAAAAAAAAAAAUCCACAAACAAACAAAUGUGCUUUGUUUGAGACAUAAACAGGCAGGCUACAGACCAGAUUUGGCCCGUGAACCCUGCACUAGCCUGAGGCCCUGACCCUGCUUCCAAAACAUCCAAGACCAUGGAGCAGGGGGAUUUCUUAGAAAAAUCAACCACCUCAGCUUCAUGCCUGGUGGCCAGCAUACAGAUUCCUGACUCUAUUCUUUGGCAAUUUCCUUCCACCCAUAUUUCUCCUAUUCACCCAUGUACCUCAAAAGUGUCUGAGUAAGAAUAGUGUUUUUAGGGCAGAAUAAAAACCACUGCCCCAAAAUGGCUUCCUUGCCCAGACAGUCCCAGAUGAGAGGCAUAUACUUCAUGUUUCCAGGCUACUUUCCCAGCCCCUUUAACACUCUAGGAUCUAUGUGUUUCCCACAUUCCAAGUUCUCUUUUGCAAGCCUUUUAAGAACAAUAUGCACAAAAUAAAUAAGAACUACAAAAUUA